UCAAGGAAAUCAAGCCCAUCAAGGCAUUUGGAUGCGGGCCUGCAGCACCUCGGGGCAUUUCCCAGACUCUGGCGCUUUUUGAGGCAAGCCCAGGGAGACACUGCCUCGAUCCUCCACAAUCCUACUCCAAACACGUCGUGGCCACCAGUCAGUCCAAGCCAGAACGGUCAGCACACGCUGAACACUCGGAACACUCGGUCCAGUUCCAACCCUCCCCCGCUCUCCCGGUUCUCCCCCUUAGACAUGAAUAACACGGGUGAUGCCCGGGCUCGCGUGGUGUUGAGUCUGCGAGCCACGCCCAAAGGCGCCUUACAUUAUGACCGGGGCGCACCGGCCGUACCAGCGGCUUCGCCCGAAUGGCACGCCUCGCCCAGCGAUUGGACGUGCGUGCUCGAAGAAGUCACUUCCGAAAUGGAUCGCGCCAAGGCCCAAAGCUUGGCCCGUUUGACGCGGGAUUGGCAGCGCGUCCUCAGCUUGAGCGGUCGAUCCGAUGAGCUGGAGGUCACCUUGGGACCCUGGCCCCCGACCACGCCUACCCCUGGCCCACGGUCUGACCCGCCGUCCGUCCAGGAUGAAGUUCAAAAGUCCACUCCACCUGCUCCGGUCGCCGCGCGAAGAAAGUCCAGUCCCCGGUUAUCCCCGGUGCCUCGGACGGGUUCACCGCUCUACGGCUGGACCUCGCCCGUGGACCAACAGCUGCGCCAAGCCGAACGGGCUCGUCAGGUCGACCGGGAUCGGGUGGUCAUGGCCCAUCGCCAACGGGUGGCGCAAGUUCAAGUGGCUUUCGAUCAAGCCAGUCGCCAUCAGUAUCAGGCUCAGAGUGAGACGCGAAUGGCGGAUUUGGCGCGAAAGACCCAAGAGCGCUUGAGGGUGGAGGCCGAGGCCGAGGCUGAACGAGCCGCCGAGACUCGACGGUUGGCUGUGGCGCGGCAGGAGGCCGAGGACAAGCGGCGGCGACAAGUUCAGGCUCAGAUGGAAGCCGCCGAGGCAGAUGAAAAGGUGGCCCAGGCUGAAAAGGCCGAGAAGGCCGAAAAGGCCCAAGCCGCUUUCCAGGCUUUCCGGAGUGAGUGUCAGAAGUGGGUCGAGUUAAUACUGAAGGCUGAGAAGGCGUUGCAAGCGGCGGCCGCUCCGGUCCAGGCUCAAUCACCGGCCUUGGCACCCUUUCUGGCCCAACGCAAGCAGGAUUUGCCGCAAUUGAAGCAGUUCUUGCAAACUGGGACCUUGCCUUCGCCCGCCACAUUAUCGCAGGCCCGUGACAGCCACGCCCAACUGGAAAGGUUGCUUCGAGAUUUGUCCGUGGCCUCGCAGCAAUUCCAAAAGGAACAAGCUGAGGCCCAAGCUGAGGCCCAAGCUGAGGCCGCUCGGCCGCCCGCCCUCGUCCCGAAAACGCCACCUCCACCGACUGUGAGUGCCCCGCCUCCCGUUCCGGUGGUCGUUUCCAUCGAACCCCAAUCUCGUCCAACUCCCACGGCUCCAGCCACGCCCUCAUCCGCCACAUCACAAUUGGCUAGGGAAAUCUCGGCCUCGAAUCGGGCCAAAUUUGACGCUUUGGUGACCUUCAAGGCCAAUUGGUUGGACCAUCUGCGUGCUUUCAUGUCCGACCCUGCUCAUAAAUCCUUCCGUUUCUCAUGUCAAAAGGCUGUGAACACGCCGGUUAAUGCCCUCAAUGCCAAUUCCUCGUCUCAUCUCCGACAGAAGCUCGACCAUCUCCAAGCCCUUCUCCGAGGUCAAGGCCUUGAGGUGACCGGGCAAGCUUUUAAUGCCUCGAUCCAUCCCAUGGGCAUCCCAUUCUGCAAAUACAUCCUAGCCAAGAAACUCGUGGAUCAAGGCUCGGACGUGAUCAGCGCCAAGCCGGAUGCGGCCUUUGGCGUGGCUCAAGUGAUCGUGUCUCUGUGGGCGGAAUUUGGGGAUUUCGGCCAAUUGAUCCUGGCCACCGCCUACGAGGUGUGUCCCUAUCUGGUCCCAUACCACAAACAGAAGCCUCCCCAGCAGGAUUCCACGGCUUACUACCAAUCUCUGGGAUACCAGCUCACCAACGAAGGCUCAUUGGAGAAGCAAGACUUGUAUGUGAAACGCAUGGCGGGUAUUGCCCGAUUGUACGCCGCAGUCACCAUCACGGCUCUGCCCAAAGAUCAGUUGGGCCAAGCCGAUCACCCGCAUGGCGUUGGAUACGCUUGGUGUUGGCUGUCGUCGGAAUUGAAUCUUAACCCGGUCAACGAUGUGACGGCCACGCUCAUUCAAGUGAUCCUGGAGGUGAGCGGUCACAAGUUGGCCGAGAUGUUCGGCAAAAUGUUCCUCAAAUUGGUGGUCACCUUGAGUCGCCGAUAUUUGCCGCUCAUCAAAAAGGCCACCAUCGAAGGCUCAGGGGGUCCUGUGGAGCGUUUGGAGACCACUCUCAGUAAAAUCAUGUCCACGGGUCAGGUGGAGCCACCACCGGGCCUACUCAGUCUUGGAUUCAUAUAGUACAACAAUACAACAAUACCCCACAAACCAUUGUGUCCGGGCUCUGAUCUCUCAUAUCUCAUCCAUCCGGAGUGCUAAUCAUUUUUAUCCUUUCAG